AUGCCGCCGCUCUACUUCUCCUCCUUUGAGGUCUCCCGCCAGGCGUUCUACCGCGUCCGCCUCGCCGCCGCCAUCGUCAACCUCAAGCCCAUCGUCCCCGGCCACGUACUCGUUAUCCCCACGCGUCCCGUCCCGCGCCUCGCCGAUCUGGAGCAUGACGAGCUCGCGUCGCUCAUUGCAUCGGUGCAGCACGUCGGGCGCGUCAUCGAGCGCGACGGGAAAGCGGCGGGGCAGACCGUCCCGCACGUGCACUUCCACCUCCUCCCGCGCAAGACGGAGGGGGACGCGUUCCCGAACAACGACGACUCGGUGCCGCUGCGUGUGGACGCGGACGAGGAUCGCAAGCCACGCUCGGCGGAAGACAUGGAGACAGAAGCGCGCUGGCUCGCCACGUUCUUCGAGCCGUCCGGCGUAGAUGUGUAG